UUUCCCGAUUGUUUAAAAUUUCUAAUUCCUUUCCAGAGCUGAUGGUUUGCUUUUGGUUAUGAGUUUUUGUGCAAUAGUUAUGCCAUAACUUAGUUAGCCAUAACAUAGUUAUGGACUUUUGAGACACCAUUUGUACAGUUUAGGCGAAGCUUUCUUAGCAGAUAUUUGUAAUUUACAAUUUUACGGAAUAUAUUCUCAUUCCUUGCUGACAUCGUUGACUUCACGAGUUUGUGGUCCUUCGAGUGUGACUCCUUGCUACGACUUGUUGCAUUUAUUUUGAAAAUGGUAAUUGCCAUGGGAUUUGAAGGCUCUGCCAAUAAGCUGGGUAUAGGAAUAAUCAAAGAUGGAGAAGUUCUGUCGAAUCCGCGUCGAACAUUUAUCACUCCACCGGGCACCGGUUUCUUGCCCAACGAAACUGCGCAGCACCAUCAGCUGCAUAUUUUAAAUUUAGUUAACGAAGCGUUGACCAUUGCGGGAAUCUCAUCAAAUGAGGUGGACGUGCUAUGCUACACAAAAGUGCUUAUUUUAGGACCGGGAAUGGCGCCGCCGCUCAUGUCCGUCGCCGUCGUAGUGCGCACACUUGCUCAGCUGUGGGAGAAACCUGUUAUUGGAGUGAACCAUUGCAUUGGGCAUAUCGAAAUGGGUCGAACUGUGACUGGAGCCGACAAUCCGACUGUUUUGUACGUGAGCGGCGGAAACACACAGGUGAUAGCGUACUCCCAGCAAAGAUACCGCAUCUUCGGAGAAACAAUUGAUAUUGCUGUAGGAAACUGUUUGGAUCGAUUUGCUAGAGUGCUGAAACUAUCGAACGAUCCCAGUCCGGGAUUUAAUAUUGAAAAAUUAGCAAGAGAUGGAAAGAAGUUUCUUCCCAUGCCUUACUCUGUGAAAGGAAUGGAUGUGGCCUUUUCCGGAAUAUUAAGUUUUAUCGAAGAAAGAGCGGAUAACCUCCUGGCUAAAGGCGAAUAUACUCCAGAAGAUCUGUGCUUUUCUCUGCAAGAGACAGUAUUCGCUAUGCUAGUGGAGAUAACAGAGCGAGCAAUGGCGCAUUGUGGUUCUCGGGAAGUACUACUGGUGGGUGGUGUCGGAUGUAAUCUGCGGUUGCAAGAAAUGAUGGGGCAAAUGGCCGCUGAGCGAGGAGCUAUGCUCCAUGCCACCGACGACCGCUACUGUAUUGAUAACGGUGCCAUGAUUGCUCAAGCCGGUUACUGCCAGUAUUUAACGGGAUGCACCACGGCUUUGGAAGAUACGUUCGUGACCCAGCGGUUCCGAACUGAUGAAGUUUUCGUAUCGUGGAGGUCUUAAUCACUGCUUCAUUUAAGAUCUUUUUGUAUGUUAUGAUUUUGUGGCCUUUACGCAUUGGCGGUUCUUGACUUUUUUCUUUGCGGUAUCAUAAAAGAACUGAUUCUCAAUCAGCUGCGUAAGAAUUAUUUUUAGUUCAUAACAGAUUAACA